UUCAGCUACUUCACCGAGGCCCUCGUCCUCAUCAGCGCGACCAAGUCGCGCCUCGCCAUCCAGCUCGUCGUCACCAACCUGUUGCGCACCGUCAUCGAGAAGGACGACCAGAGCCUCCUCGCCGUCAUGUACCUGUGCAGCAACCGCAUCGGCCCGUCGUACGAGCGCGACACCGAGCUCGGCAUCGGCUGGCAGGUCCUGUCGAAGGCCAUCAAGGAGACGUCCGGCAUCAGCCCGCAGCGCCUCAAGCAGCUCGCCAGCACGUGCGGCGAUCCGGGCGACAUCGCGUUCGAGGCGAGCAAGUCGGUGCGGCUGCUCGUACAGCCCGCGCCGCUCGAGUGUCACGGCGUGUACAAGACGUUGAUCCAGAUAGCCAAGCUCAAGGGCACGGGCGUCCUCGCGCAGAAGACGUCGCUCGUCAAGAAGCUCCUCCUCUCGGCGCAGCACGAGCAAGUGCGCUUUGUCGUGCGCAUACUCGCGUCAAACUUGCGCAUCGGCGCCGUCCGCCUCACGCUCCUCACGGCGCUCGCGCGCGCCUUCUGCCUCUCGCGGCCCGAGGGCGCAACGUGGGAGCGCGACGAGCGGUACGAGGUGAGCGAGGAGGAGCGGGCGGGCAUGCGCGAGCUCAAGCGCGCCGAGGCGCUCGUCCGCCGCGUGUGGGCCCGCCACCCCAACUUUGGCGACGUCGUCGGUGCGCUCCUUACAGGCGGUCUCGGCGAGCUCGAGGAGCGAGUCGGGCUGAGUGUCGGCAUCCCGCUCGAGCCCAUGCUUGGCUCCAUCACGCGCUCCCUGUCCGACAUCUACACGCGCCUCGGCUCUCGCCCGUUCGUGUCCGAGGCCAAGCUCGACGGCCAACGCGGCCAGAUCCACACGGGCGCAAGGGUGUGGAUGCGCGCGUUCAGCCGGCACCUCGAGGACAUGAGCGACAAGUACCCGGACAUUGGGUACAGCGUGCUCGCCCUCGUGCAGCGCGCCAACGCCGACCAGCUCAACAGCUUCAUCAUCGACUGCGAGGUCGUCGCCAUCGACCCGCAAACGGGCGCGUUCAAGACGUUCCAGGAGCUCUCGUAUCGGUCGAGGAAGGACGUCGAGCUCGGCGACAUCAAGGUUCGCGUCGGCAUCUACUGCUUCGACCUCAUGUACCUCAACGGCGAGUCGCUCCUCUCGGCCCCGUUCCGCCAACGUCGCUCGCUGCUCCACGCCAACUUUCCGCCGCUCGCGCCCGCCGACCCGCGCUUCGCCAAGUGGGAGCUCAUCCCGUCGUGCAUGGACAACGACCCGGCGGCCGUCAAGGCCUUCUUCAACGAGGCGCUCGGCAUGCGCGCCGAGGGCAUCAUGGUCAAGCUGCUCGACGAGGUCGAGGAGCAGCUCGUCAAGGGCGACCACGCCGACGACGACCUCGUGCUCGCCCACACGGACGACGACGACGACCUCGGCACCGCCAGUGACUCGGGCUCGUCUCGUACUCGGAGCCCCAAGCUCGGCGCCGCACCGACCUCCUCGUCGACCGCCGUCGCCGCCCUCAAGUCGCGUCGACGCGCCCUGCCCGCCACUUACGAGCCCGACAAGCGCGCCGACAGCUGGUGCAAGGUCAAGCGCGACUACUUAGAGGGCGACGACGCCAUCGGCGACUCGCUCGACCUCGUGCCCAUCGCCGGCUGGUGGGGCCAGGGUCGCAAGGCCGGGUGGUUCUCGCCGUUCCUCCUCGCGUGCUACGACGAGGAGACGGGCGCGUACACGGCGGUCACCAAGUGCCUUUCGGGCUUCAACGACGCGUUCUACAAGGCGAUGCGCGAGAAGUACCGCCCGGACGAGGACAACCUGCUCUCGGACACGACCGCUUUUGCCGACGUCGAAGCAGGCUCGCUUCGACCCGACGUGUGGUUCAAGCCGAGCGAGGUGUGGGAGAUUCGCGGUGCCGACUUUACGCUUUCGCCCGUGUACCCGGCGGCGCGCUCGGCCCUCGGCGGCGAGCGGGGCGUCUCUGUGCGGUUCCCGCGCUUCAUCAAGGUGCGCGACGACAAGGGGAUCGAGAACGCGACGACGGCCGAGCAGCUCGCGAGGCUGUACGAGGCGCAGGGAGCGGUGGGAGGACGAGGAGCGAGUGGGAAGAAGGUCGCCGACGAGGAGGAGGACGACGACGCGGCGCUGUAG